AAUGAGUAAAUAAGCACACUCUUAGUACUCUUAGUGAAGAUCUAGAUCUAGAUGUUGUAAUUAACUAGUAGUCUUACAAGAUUUACUAGAUAUAGAUUUAGAGAUCUGAUACUCAUAGAUAAGUUAGAUAUCUAUAAAAUCUUAAAAUGUCAGUAGAAUUAGUGGCAAGAUCUCUGCGUUUAGAUUUAGAAGAUGUUGAGAAAGGUCAAUCUAAAAAAUCUAGUGUCAAAGAAAGUCAAGUAUAUACUGCUCGUCAAGGAAUCAACAGAAAAAAACGCAAGCUGGAGAGGAAAAAGGAAAAAGAAAUAUUGGAAAAACGCAAAGGAAAAAAGUUAAUGUCAGCUAUUGAGAAAUAUAAAGAAGAAAAUUGUAUAGAUAACACAGAAUCAAAUGUUGAGGCUUUGUUGAGGUUGACAGAACUUGGGAAAGUCAAUAACAUUGUUGCUGAAAAGAUUUUAUACAAACAGCCAUGUCAGCUCUCCAGAGACUUAAAAGUUGAAAUCAUUCAAGAGACAAAGAGUACAGUUUUUACAGAUGAAGAUUUUAAAAAAUUUAGCAAAGAAUAUAAAAAGAAAUAAAAUGUUAUUUAUUUUAAA